GCUUCAUAAAACCUGAAAAACAUCGAUUAAACAAAACGAAAACGCAAAUAAUCACUCUGAAAACGGCCAACUCUUGAGGCAGGAAACUUGAAGCCGAAGAGUUUGAAGCAGUUGCUAUAAUUUUCUCUUUAAAGAGAGCAAGGUUUUGUUUUGAUUAACUGUGCAACUGGGUAUUGCUCGCUGCAGUUAAACCAGGACAGUCUUAGAUCACUUCAUUGCGUGGUGUUUUGAUUUUUGACUGUUGCUACUGCUAUGGCUGCGGCCAAGACUCGGACAAGUACCUUCUCUCGAAACCUUUCCACUGCACCCCCAUCUCAUGGCCCCGGACUUAAGUGUGGGCCAAAUGGCACGGUCUUUCUAUCUUCUGGGAUACCCGAUCUUGACAAGAUACUGGGUGGUGGGUUCCCUUUGGGAAGUCUAGUUAUGGUGAUGGAAGACGCAGAAGCACCUCAUCACAUGCUUUUGUUGAGGAAUUUCAUGGCUCAGGGACUUGUUCUCGGCCAACAUCUUCUCUAUUCUAGUCCAGCCAGAGAUCCAAGGGGUUUCUUGGGUACUUUGCCUAGUCCUGCUGCAUCCAAAGAUGACAAAUCCCGGGAACGCGAUCCAGAUCAGGAGAAAGGUCUGAGAAUUGCUUGGCAGUAUAAGAAGUAUUUUGGUGAAAAUCAGCUCGAUGGACAAAGAGAUGGUAAACAUGAGUACUCUAAUGAAUUUGAUUUGAGGAAGCCCCUAGAGAGGCACUUCAUAAAUGGACCACGCAUAGAUUGUGUUAGCAUCCAAGAUUCUGAUCUUUCCACUCUUCGAGACCGUUGUGCAACAUUUUUAUCCCAGUUUCCACGAAAUGAUGGCAGCAUUUCAUGUGCUGGUCGUAUAGCUAUCCAAUCAUUUUGUGCUCCACAAUGUGCGUAUUCGAACAUGGAGUGGGAUAUGCUUUCAUUUAUUAGAUCUCUCAAAAGCAUGGUCCGGUCUUCAAAUUCAGUCGCCAUAGUAACCUUUCCUCCUUCCCUUCUUUCACCAUCCUUCUGUAAACGAUGGCAGCACAUGGCAGACACAUUACUUUCUGUCAAGGCCAUUCAAGAUGAAGACAAGGAAUUGGCACAACUCCUCACCGGUUACCAGGAUAUGGUUGGCUUUCUGAAUGUGCAUAAGGUUGCACGCAUCAACACACAGGUUCCCGUGAUUCUUGAGGCAACAACCUUUUCAAUCAAGUUGCAAAAGCGACGGUAUUUGGUUUUAGAAUGUCUAAAUCAGGCCCCUGUCGAUGGUUCAAGUGGAACAUCAUAUGGCACGUCAGGUGGUUGCUCUAGUUCCUCCAAGACAGGGAACCUCGACUUUUGACUGCAUACCCCAGAAUAAUUCAACUCAUGAUAGCAACAAAAUGAGAAACAAUCAGAAAUCAAGACCGUAAUUCUCCGUUACUAUGAUAUCAAAGGUUUUCCCAAAGUCAGCCGAUGCAAGAGCAGUUGAGAGAACCAACCUGCCCUAACAACACAGAAUUUGAGCUUAUUGUCUUGGUGGUCGCAUUCUCGAACAAAUCUCUUGGUGAGCCAAAACAGAUUGUUCUUGCUACAUGUAACGCAGGAAAAUCUAUGAACUCAACUCAAAGAUACCACCGAGCACUUAUUAGCUGAGCUUGCUGUAAUCGACAUUUUUCCAUAGAAGAAUUUUGGUCAUCUACUUUACAAUAUCUUGUAGUUUAUUUAAAACAUGUUUAUUUGAUGCUUUGUCCAUAAGUUAAGCCAGUGUUUUUAUACCA